AUGGCACCGGGUACUGCAGAGUUGGAGAUUGAUGAAACUCUCCAUCUGCUCCGCAUGGUAAUGCAACGAGAAUUCAUACAUUAUUUGGAAACAUUACCAGGCACAAAAGAACUUUUCAUCGACAAGUGUCUUCUAAGGCCGCUUGAUAUGAUUGCCACAUCGUCAGAUAUGAAACGUCACGGAGUAAAGAGAAUCAUGCAUUUUGACUUACAAAAAAAUCCCCAAGUAUGGAAUCUCGAAAUCGAUCAAAGAGUGUUUUUCCUACGCCCAAACGUAGACAAUGCACGGAAAAUCGUGGAAUAUGUUGAAGAAUCUGACGAAAAUAGGUCGAUAUGUGUGAUAUGGUGCAACCGGCAGUUAGAAGAAUGCGAUUUAGUAUUUGAAUCAUCUGGAGUUAUUGGAAACAUCACUCAGCUCAGUUUAAACAUGUGCCUAUUGCCGCUUGAAAGUGAUUUAUUCUCUCUUCAACACGUUGAAUCAGCUCAAUCAGAUCUAUUUUCGGUGGCAAACAUGUUCGUGGCUCUUCAAAACUUAUACGGAGUAGUUCCAACAGUUUAUGGAUUGGGCUCAGAAUCGAAACAAUUAUGGAAUUUAGUGCAUACGUUAUGCUCAAGUAACGAACUACGAGCGCGGCCAGACCAACCAAUCAGUCAUUUGUUUUUAUUCGAUCGACAGUUGGAUCCAGUUCCUGUAUUGCUCACUGGAGCCUCUUACGAAGGACUUCUUCAUGAAUUUUUCACAAUAGAUUGUGGGAAACUAGCUUUUCCUGUAGACAUGAGAAAACAGGUACCAACUGGUCCCCUUGACUUUGAUUGGAUUGAGAUUAAUCCUGAAGAAGAUAAAGAAGCGCUUCAACAAAACAGGGGAGAUGUCGUCAAAUUGGAUAAUUGUGAGGAUAUUUUUGCAUCGAUUCGGAACAAACAUGUGACUGCUGCACUCGAAUUUUUGCAUGCCAAAGCAAAGUCGAUUCAAAAAAGUAUUGAAAAAUCUGCUAUGAUUGAUGACGUGGCAGAUUAUCGUAAUUUUGUUGAAAAAGAUUUGCGUGCACUCAAAAAAGACCACAAACAUUGCGAAUUGCACAUCAACGCUUGUGAAAUGAUGAUGAAUAAAGUGAAAAUGGAGGAUUAUCGAACGAUGUUUAAACUCGAACAUGAAAUGCUUUUAGGAACUGUCACUCAAGAAGAAUACUUUGACUUUGUUUUCGAAAGAGUUCCGAUGCGAUCGUGUAGAGAUAUUGUAUUAUCAAUGAUGUCUCUGGCAUCAUUGAAACUCGAUGGAGUAUCAGAUGAUACAUAUAAUGAAUUCGUCGAGAUGUAUAUUCAGAAAUACGGAUACGAGCAUAUGUUCGAGCUGCAAAAUCUAAGAAACUCCCGUGUAAUCUACGCACGUCGUCAUAUUACACAAGAUCGAACUAUUUCGGAACGUGCAAGAACUUGGGAUACUCUAGCACGAAAAUUCAGAAUUAUAAAAGGAAACGAACCAAUGGAUAUGUCCAAUCCUUCUGAUAUGAGUUAUGUUUUUGGUGCACGAAUAUCACCUCUUCUUUGUAAAAUUGUUGAAGAUACUAUAGAUCACGGAUGGAACCAAUCAGAAUAUGAAAGAAUUAUGGGUAAAGAAAAAGUUCUGGUCGAGGAGAACACCUACAUUGCUGCUGAUCGACGUCCAGAUAAUCGCACUAGAAAAGCAAUAAUGGUGUUCAUAAACGGAGGAAUAACUUAUUGGGAAGUUGCUGCCUUACGGCUACUUGCAAUUCAAAAGAAUUUCCGGAUCCUCAUUUGUACUACUCAUAUCAUUAAGAAAAGAGAUUAUUUAGAAGUCAGAGCACAAGAUGCGUCUUCAGUUUUUGGAGUAUGA